UGUUUGCUUGCACCCACAUUGACCAUGAGAGGGCUCAUCCUCUGCUGCCUUGUGGCCCUGGCCGCAUGUGAAAGUGUCCGCUAUGAUUUCAGCCUAAACCCCAAGAAAUCCUAUGAAUAUAAAUAUGAGGGACUGGUCAAUUUUGGACUGGGCAUGCCAAACAUGGCUGAGUCUGGGGCCAAACUAACAUGCAAGAUUAAGAUUGUCGGCGCGUCUGCGCAGAGCUUCCUCCUUCAGAUUUCAGAUUUAGCCUUUGAGGAGUUUAAUGGCUUCCCAGGGAAGGACAGCUUCAUUGCUUCCCCUAAACUCACUCAGCGAAUCGCGGCCCAGCUUGUCAAACCUUUUAUGUUUGACUUUGCCAGUGGGCAUGUGGGCAACAUCCACGCCUCAGCUGAAGUAUCCGACACUGUUGUCAACAUCGUUAGAGGCAUACUCAGCUUCUUCCACAUGACUGUCAAGACCACACAGACGUUCUACGAACUCGAGGAGGCUGGCAUUCAUGGCAUGUGUAAGAGUAAUUAUGCCGUUGAAGAAAACAAGGAAACAAAGCACAUGACCAUCACUCAGGUUGUGGAUGUCACGAACUGCAGGAAGAAGGCAGAACGCUACAGCGGAAUGGCAACCGCUCUGCUUGAUGAUAUUUCCAAAAAGAGAGGAGAUUCUCUUAUUUCAACCAUGCGAUACGUUUACACAAUCAAACCAACGACUGAAGGAGGCCUGAUUUCCAGGGCUCAUGGUUUGGAGCAGCAACACUUCAGUCCUUUCAAUGUGAAGGGUGGAAGCUUCAAGAUGAAAGCAACAAAAGAAUUAGUGUUGCUGGAUGUGAGAGAUAAGCCGUCUGCUGUUACCAGCAAACAUGGGCCAAUGGAAAACAGAGGCAAUAUUAUUUACAAGUUUGUCAAAGCAGGUGCACACCUUCCUAUCCUCAUGCAGAAGUCGGAUGAUGCAUUGUCAAAGGCUGUUGAGUUGAUCAAACAUUUAGCUGAAGUCAAUAACUACCAAAUUGAGAGAGCAACAACUGAGGAUGUGAUGAAGUUGUAUCAACUCCUACGAUUAGUGCCUUAUGAAGGAUUAGAAGCUAUGUGGAAGCAGUUUGCUGCCCAUGAUGAGUACAGACGGUGGUUUUUGGACACGAUUGUAGAAGUCAACGAUGCCAGAAUCCUUAAGUUCCUACAAAGGAGGUUCCAAGAACGAGACAUAACCGUUUCCGAGGCCGUUCAAACGCUCCUGCUGGCCUUCGAUCAUCUUGACACUACUCCUGAACUGGUUGAGACGGCUAAAAGCUUCCUGAACAUGCCCUACAGUAAAUCCAACAUCUUUGUAUGGCACACUGUGGCCCUUUCUUAUGGCUCCCUGGUGUACAAGCACUGCGCCUACCACACACCUUGCCCAGUGUCUGCUGUUCAGCCACUGCUGCACUUCGCUCUGGACAGUCUGAAGAAUAACAAUGAGAAAGACAUGGUUUUGGCUCUGAAAGCUCUGGGCAACGCGGGUCAUCCAGGCAGCACUAAAACCAUCAUGCGGUUCCUCCCUGGAGUUUCAGCUAACCCAGUUGAUCUCCCUCCUCGUGUGCUGAGUGCUGCUGUACAGGCCUUGAGACUCAUCGCUUCGCGAGACCCACACAGUGUCCAGGAAGUCACAAUGAGUCUUUACCUGCAAAAGGACCUUUGUGCUGAGUUGCGCAUGUUAGCCUUGAUGAUCUUAUUUGACACAAAGCCAUCAAUGGCGCUGGUGUCUACUGUGACUGCACAUCUGCAGGAGGAGAAGAACCUUCAUGUUAUUAGUUUUACGUACUCCUAUUUGAGAAGCAUGGCCAGAUCCAGAACUCCUGACAACACAUUCCUGUCCACUGCCUGUAAUGUAGCAGUGAAAAUCCUGGCCCCAAAAUUUGGCCGCCUCACCUACCGCUUCAGCAAGGCAAUGCGCUUGGACUGGUUUAAUGAUGAUUUACUUCUUGGCACAGCUGGGGAGUUCUUCAUGCUAAGAAAUGCAACAGAAAACAUCCCAACUGAAAUCAUGAUGAAAGGAAAAUUGUAUUUCAUUGGUAGAAUUAUUCAGCUUUUGGAGAUGGGAGUACGUUCUGAUGGAAUAAAGCAAAUCUUUGCCCCCAUCAUCCCUCAGCUCAAAGGAGACCUUAGUGACUUGCAGAUCAUUUAUCGGCAGCUUCAAAACUUGGAAACUGGUGACAAACCCCUUCUUCAUUUCUAUUCUCGUGCUUCUGGACAAGAGUGGUUUUUUGCAGAUAUCAACAAGGAGCAUAUUCGCAAUAUCAUGAAUGCUGUGAAUCCUUCUGCAGGCAAAAACAGCGCUGUGUGGAAAGCCAUUGAGAAUUUACAGAAGGGAAUUUCAUGGCAUCGAACAAAGGCCUUCUUAAUCUUUGAGACUCGUUACUUCCAAGCUACCACUCUCGGCCUUCCAGUGGAGAUCAGCAAAUAUUAUCAGACUCUUAAUGGCAUCACUGUGAAUGCAAAAGCUGCAAUGAAUCCACCAUUGACUGAUCACCUCGGCCAACUCUUGACCUCAGAAAUAUCACUGGAGACUGAUGGCUUCAUUGGUUGCACAAAGGAUAUUUGGCUGUCCUACGGUAUCAACACGGAACUUUUCCACAGUGGGGUUGAGUUUAAGAGCAAAAUACCAUAUUCCAUUCCAUGGAAGUUAUCUGCCAAGCUUAACAUCAGAGAAAGGAAAUUUGAACUUGACAUCCCUUUGAGCAAAAAGGAUGUUGAACUCAUCUCAGUCAGCUCCGAUGUAUACGUAGUCUCCAGGAACAUCGAAACGCCAGCUUUGCCUAAAAUUACCCCCAUGAUGCCCAAAGCUAUUGACUCAAAUGACAAACUUGUCAGAAAGGAUCCAACAAUUGCGAAGCUUGAAAACGAAGGAGAGCUGCAGAAACCCAACAACUGGCAUCCAAGAGACAAAUGGUGCACACAGAAUAAUGUUUAUGGAUCAAUUUUGUGCGUUGAAUCUGAGUUGAGACGAGCAUAUUACCACGAGGAGUAUCCCUUGUACUACCUGUUGGGAUACACCAAUGUGGCACUCAAAGCAGUUCCAGUCCAGACAAACAAACCUGUUGAGAAGAUCCGAUUUGAGGUCAAUGCUGAUCCGAUCCAACACCCUAGCAAUACCCAAGAACUCCUUGAGAGUCUAAGGAAGAUCUCAAAGACCACCUCAGAAGGGUCCUCAGAGUCAGUCGAAGCAGAACUUAAUCUGAGCUCUCCUGGCAAGGUCUUCAACUCCACACCUGAAGCAAUUUUCAACGUCAAAGCUCUUGCAUUGAGCGGGAACCAAAAACCUGAAGGUUAUGAAACAGCUGUGUACUACACACCAAUGACCAACCUAAGGAACACCCAAGUCAUUGUGUCCCAGGUGGGAGACAAUACCAACUGGAAAAUGUGUAUGGAUACUGUGCUGGAUGGCCGUGCAGAAGCAAAGGCAAACGUUAGAUGGGGAGCUGAAUGUCAGUCCUUUGAAAUGUUAUUGAGCGCCAACACUUCACGUCUGCCUUGUUCCAACCCAACGCUAAGGGCCAAAGUCCACUGGACCAGAAUUCCAGAAGCCAUGUCAGAGUUCUUCACUGGGAUUAAGACCUAUAUCCCAGGCAUGGCUUUCCUUCUUGGCUUCAACCAGCAGUUCGAAAGUAAUCCGAGGCAAGAAGUUUCUGCCUCAGUUGUUGCUUCCUCAUCAGACAGCAUUGACGUGAGGCUUCGGUUCCCAGAGUAUACAGUCUACCGCCAGUCUAUCCCAGUUCCUCUGCCACGCGACAGUCUUCAGGAACUCCAAUACAACACAACAAUGUCGAGGCAUGGGUGAAAUCAAGUGAGAACUUACAACAAAGAGCGAGACACGGAACAUUCCAAAUGGAAGCGGAAGACACAACUCCCAAAGUUUUCACCAUAGUGAUAAAAGGCAGCACGAUAAAUGAUGUGUCAGCAAUCCUUAAGACCAUGUCAAUGUUUGAACAACCAUCUCUAGAGUAAAGUUCCUGUUAUGUGUCUCAAAGUCUCUGAUGCUCAUCCUCAUAUAAUUCAAAUAUCCUGCAACCAUCAUGUUCAGAUUGCUUGUCCAAUAUAUAUGAUAAAAAUAAACCCACCUCAGUACUGAU